AUGAAUAAUUAUCAGACCGAUCGAUUGGGUGCAUAUAGAAUGUGUGCAUCUCAUGUAUACUAUCCUGAUCGGGAAGGGAUGAUAAAAAUUGCACUCUCUCAUAAACAAUAUAGGGAGGAUAAUGAAGUAAUGACCUUGUUGGAUGUAUCUACAACACAGAAGAAGAAAAUCGAUUGUAUGGUGAAGGCUAUUUGGUUAUCAAAUAUUUGUGUAUUGGUUGUGGAUGUCACAAAAGGAGUAUUUGAAAAGGAUAUUAAUAAUUCUAUUGGAAAUAUGAGAACUCAUUUACAAAUAGCUGCAGCUGUUGGAUUGACCCAUUUGGUUGUUUGUUUAACAAAAUGUGAUACAAUACCAGUAAUUGAAUUGAAUUCAAGAUUGGAGGAAAUUAGAUCAAAAUUGAAAACUAUUUUAUUGUGGAAAAACGUUCCUUUCAUUCCUAUUUGUUAUGACAGGGAUGAAAACAUUUUCAAACCAACUACUGGUGAAUUUUCAAAGGGUAAAUCAUUAGAAUCUGUAUUAAAAGCAAUUCAAGUUGAACCAAGAAAGGAAUGGAUUGAAAAACCUCUAAUGAUGGUUAUAUUUCAAAUUUACAGAAUCGGUGGAAUUGGCACAGUAGUAGCUGGGAAAAUAAUAACUGGUAAGAUUAAAACGGACCAACAAGUUUAUUUCAGAGAUGACAGUUCACAUCUGGUGAAAUCUAUUGAAAUAGGAUAUGAGCAUCGUGAUCUAGUUGUUUGUGGAGAGUUUUGUGGAAUCAAUAUCAAACAAGCUUCUGUACGAGAUGUUGAAACACAUUUUAUAAUACAUGACCAAGCUUACCUGGAGUCAGAAAAAAAAGCUGUGGAAUCUUUCACAGCUUUGAUAAAGAUUAUGAAUCAACCAAAGAAUGGAAUCAAAGUUGGAUACACUUUCAAACUUUAUAAUUGUGUCACUAAUCAAUGCCUUUGUAAAAUAGAAGAUAUAUUAGCAACUGUAAAUCCAAAAACGAACCAGAAAUUAGAAACCUAUCCAAACAAACUGAAAAAGGGUGAUUUUGCAGAAGUAAGGCUAAAGCCACUAAUAACAAAAGAAAACAAGGCAUGUUAUCUGCACACAUUCGAACAGAAUGAUAUUCUAGGAAGAGUCAUCUUAAUGAAUGGAAAACAAAUAAUUGGAGCUGGAAAAGUUUUAAGAAUAAAUUAA